AUGUAUAUUUUGAUCUGUGUCAUCGCGACGAUCAUCAUCAACUGCAAGCACAAAAACAAAGGCCAUCACCGAUACAUUCACCUCUUCCAAGAGAUCGGCAUGAUUUUCCUCUUCAUGACAAUGAUGGCUCUGCAAUUCUUUCUCUACACGAAAAGCAGCCCAUGUAAAAUUGUGAAAAUCCUUGUCGACUUUUUUAUGGUUUGGGUGUGUGCGGCGUUCAUGUUCGAGGCCUGGUUCGCGAAUUCAAUGAUCAACGCAGCGUCAAAGAAGAAUGGCAGCAUCCCAGCCAUCAUCAACUACAUCGGAUCGAUUGUGAUCGCUCUCCUCUCCGCGCUUAUCCCAUAUCUUCUCAAGCAAACCGAAUACACUCCAUCUGGACUGCACUGUUUCGCUCCAACGACCGGGAACACCCUUUGGGCUUUCAUCAUUCCCCCAUGGCUUCUCAUCACUGUCGCUUGUUUUAAGGUCCAAACUGCUUUCCUCCAAUGCAAGAAGUACGAUCUGAAAGCGGUAGAUCGGGAUCAAAUCUAUUGGGCAUAUCGAUCAGCCCGUGCCCUUCCUCCAUUCGCGUGGCUUCUUUUCGGCAUCUACACAACUCUGAUGUUCGGUCUUGAUCAACAACUCUAUUGGGUGAUCAUCCUAGCAAUCUUCAUGACAUUCGUCUACGGACCAGCGAUCUUCUUCGUUCAUACGUAUUGCCAUGAGAAUACCUCCAAAAAAUGGCACCCGAAAUUCUUCGGCUUCUACACUCCAUGCCCUGAAGAGAUCCGUCCGCCUUCGCCCACUCCCUCCGAUGAUAUUAGCGACUCUCAACCACUUCCACCAGACCCGCAAGAUCCCGAUCAACCACCACCAGAAAAGCCAAAAAAGAAAAAGAAAAACCAGUCACCCGCCGAAAAGCCGAAAACCCCGCCACCACAGGGCCCAAUCAUCCCCGACAAGAAUCACGGCGGCGCUCAGAAUUUCUACGAUUGGUUGACGGAUAGCAAAGACACAAAUAAAGCACAAGAGGAAAGCGCGAUGAUUCUCUUCAAACCGAGGCCA